GCCGAUUCCAUGAGGUUGCCACCGCGACAAUACCGAGACAAUGCUCGCGCGAUGCGCAGUCGCGAGACACAAUGAAGGUUCCUUCCCGUCGGGAGCCACGUUCGUGGUAGGUAUAGACCACAGCGGAUUCGCCCGAAAUCGAAUUGAGCGGCCACUCUGUGCGGUUGUUGGGCCAGUCGUGCGGUGGACGUUUGAACGUUUGACGGUCGUUGGACGGAUCGAGCAUGAGAACAACGGUCAAUGUCAUCGUCGACCGAAGACGGCGCGAUCACUCGCAUUUGAGUCGCACGCCGCCGCAGCUCAGCGGCUCUUGUCGUACGGGGCGAGCUCCAUCCCGUUCCUCACGGCCUUCGCGAGCAACGUUCAUGGCAACAAUACUUACAUUCUUGGGAACCAGCUCAGCGUCCGCGCCCGCAUCAGAGUGGCGCGCGAAUCCGGGGAAGUGCAGCGAGGUUAUCAGAUUCGCCGGCCGGGGUCAGCGCCAGUGGGAACAUCGUGCUCGGUCACUGGGCUUUGCGUAUGGGGGCGUGCACUGUGCAACGCGGACAAGGACUCACUCACGGUCAUAGACAAAGCUUCCGCGUAUGUCGCCUGUACCCUCCUGUACCUCAUUGACGUAGCGCUGACGCCAGAGGAAGGCGUAAAUAACGAGAAAGGAAGAAAGCGCACGGUCCUUCCACGAUUGGGUUCGCAGAGCCUAUUGAGUCGGGGACGCCCGGCGAUGGCCUGCCUUCGGCCUGGGGUAGGUCAUGCAUAAAGAGUACGUCAAGAUACACGACGUAGGAUGCGCGGGGAAAGAGAGGAGAUGCAAUAAAAGGUGACGCUGGGGGCUGCACUCGACGUGGUGUGAUGAGCGAACAGACGACGUCGCGCGGGCAGGUGACGACCUGAGGCCAGUGGGGAGCGACGGUGGCUUCGAGAGAAUGACAGCGCGGAGGACGGGAGGGGAGACGUGCUUACCGUGAUUGGCGGGGGAGGGACAGCGGGACGAGGGCCACAUUGCGGGGAGCAUGCGUGGCGGGUGGGCAGAUGAUUGCGGCUGGACACGUCCGCGGGCAGAACGAGGAUGUACAAACGUGCGUUGUGUUGGCGCACCCACGGCUGGUGACGCCUGCGAGGUUCUGCGGGCGUUCGCGGGCGAGGAUAAAUAAUAGGGGCUGCCUCUGCUGGCGGAGUAAGCUGGGUGCGGUGGCGGGCGGUGUCGCAGUGCGGCGGUGGUCAGGCGGCGGGCGGGCUGUGGCGGGCGGGGC